AUGGCCGCCGUUCCCAAAACCGUAACCCUAGUGAGCUCCGACGGCGAGCGCUUCGUGAUCGCCGAGACCUUAGCGAAGCAGUCGAUAACGAUCGGGAACAUAAUCGACGACGGCUGCUGCGACGCCCCGAUCCCGAUCCCCAACGUCACCGGCAAAGUCCUAACCACGGUGAUCGAAUACCUCAAAAACCACGGCGGCGGCGGCAGCAACGCCGAGAAGGAGAAGAAAGACGAGGAGUUGUUCCGCGGCGUCGCCGUGAAAGAGCACCUCGAAUAUGCUACAGCCGCCGGCUAUCUUGACAUUAAAGGUCUAGUUGAUCUCCUAUCGAAGAAGAUCGCCAAUACUAUAAAAAACAAAGCGGUGGGGGAGAUAAGAAGCAUUUUCGGCAUCGAAAACGAUUACACGGCGGCGGAGGAGGAGGAGAUUAGGGAACAGUACGCAUGGGCACAAUGA